AUGUGGCUUACCUCUCCUGGCAGAGUUCUGCUGAAGAAAAGCAAUCAACAGUCUAAGUUUGAUCCGCUCGUUGAGGAGGUGGAACUACUCCAGUGUAACCCCCAAUAUGCCCAUAUACGAUUCAGUAAUGGCAGAGAAGAAACGGUAUCUGUUCGACAGCUUGCUCCCAGCGGUGAAAAGGACGUUGGUGACUGCCACCAGGAGACGGCCACGCCGGUAACAGAAAAUCUCUCCCCACUUUCCCCUGGCCACCCACCCAUUACCGAGCAAGAAAAUAGCACCGUUCCAACUGACGGACAGAAUGAUGCAACACCUGUUAGUCUUCCAAACGCUGCCGAUGUCCGUAUGCAUAACCUUGAAACAUUAACCCAACAACAACAACGUGUUCACCCAUACUGUCUUCGUAACAGAGACGCCUGA